ACCAGUCCUUCCCACACACACAAUGGCAGCAGCCUGCGAAUCCUAGCUCCGACAGCAAAUGAAGGCCAAGAACACGAAAAUUGUGCUGGGUUCACCCCCUGAGGGUCGUGAUACUCUCCGCGCUAGGGUUUGUGAUGUGACAGAGAGGACACCCGCUAUACUCACCACAAACCCACCACUCAGACCACUUGUCAGGUACAUUUUUUCGAGCGAAACUUGGUGUACAGAAAGAUCGUUCAAAAAUGGAGAUCCUGCCAAAGAACCCUGCGACAUCCGACGAAGGGGAGAUCAAUACCAGGACCAAGAUGACCGCGCAAGGCAUCAUCCUCGUGCCUCAACCAAGUGAUGAUCCGGAAGAUCCCUUGAAUUGGAGCACAUUCACCAAGCACGCGGCUCUCGUGGUUCUCGCGUUUGAGUCAUUCCUGGUCAAGUUUUCAGCCACUCUCAUUGCUCCCGAUGCUCUCGAGCUAUCCAGGGAGUUUGGAGUAAGCAAAACUACCGCGACCUACAUCGGCUCUGUACCCUCCAUAUUGAACGCAAUAACGUCCUUCUUCUGGAUUCCGCUAAGUCAUCGGAUUGGUCGACGGCCUGUACUUCUCAUUGGGAAUCUGAUAGCAUUGCUCAGUGCAAUAGGAGUGGCUCGGUCUCAAACGUACGCCGAAGCUCUAGCUUGUCGAAUGGUCAUGAACCUGGGCGGCAGCGUCGGUUUGUCCAUUGGACCCGCUGCCAUCUCCGACAUGUUUUUUCUACACGAGAAGGGUUCACGAAUGGGUAUAAACAGCAUUCUGCUUGUCAUUAGUCCAUAUGUAGGUGGAGUGGCCGGUGGCUCCAUCGCAUACAAUAAGAGCCUCGGGUGGCGGUGGUCGAUGUACAUCGCAGCCAUCCUCUACGCCACACAGUUCAUCGCCCAAAUUUUUCUCGUCCCCGAAACUAUCUACAAACGAGAUGAGAAUGCAGCAGCCGCAUCCCAGCCCCAAGACUCGAAGCGAAACGCUUUCCUCUCUUUCCUCAAAUUUCGUACCCCCAAAGUCCCCGAAAACGAAACUUGGGCUCAAACCUUCCGCAAGCCUUACAAGAUGUUCGCGUAUCCUGCCGUUGUUCUUCCAUCCUUCUGGUUCGGGGUUGCAAACAUGACCGAGGUCGGCAACACAGCGGGCUUCGCCCUCAACUUCGGCCUAGAUACUCACUGGAAAUUCAAUCUAGCCCAGGUAGGCUUCUGUUACUUUUCCGGUGUUAUCGGGGCCGGAAUUGGCGAACUAUUUGGAGGGCCACUCUGCGACUUGCUCACAAAGUACACAAUGCGGCGAGGCCAGGUUUGGAAGCCGGAACGGCUACUCCAUCUCGUGUGGACAGGUCUGGUCACUGUCUCGGCUGGUUUGCUCUUGUACGGACUCGAACUCGAGUUCGGGGACAGCUGGGCUUCGGCUCUGACAGGGAUCGGUUUAUUCACGUUCGGGCAGGAGAUCAUGGUUACCGUUCUCUUGACUUACAUGACGGAGUGCUACCCGGAAGAUGCAGCAGAGGUAACCAUCGUUUUUCAGUUCUUCUUUGCCGUGCAGACUUUCCAUCCCCCGUUCUACCUCCCCCAGUGGAUCGAAGCUCCUGCUGGACCGAAGGUCCCCUACAUCGUGUUCGCGGCACUUCCUGUGGUGUUUUAUCCCUUUUGUAUCGGUAUUUUUACGUGGAAGGGUGAGCAGAUCAGGAACAAAGGCCCGUUGUUUGCAUGGUAAGUCUGCAAGGGUGGUCCAUCUCUCUUGAGUAGAGUGCGAUAUACUUGGUAAGUAUUUUAACUGUGCUGCAUUAGGGCAGGCAUAGACUUGGGAGGCUAUUUGUUACUUUAUAGUUAGUCUUAGAAGCUUAGAUAUGAGUGUUGUGCGGGUG